GCCUAUGAGCUGCAUGCUGUCACAGCUACCAAAGCAGCACAUGCUCUGAGGUGGAAAGCCCCAGCAGAAUUUCCUCAUUUUUGUGGUUUUUCAGCCACAAAUUUGUUUGAGGUUUCUUGCUCUUGAUUUCAAAGCUUUCUGUGAUGCUUCACAUCUCUGCUUUAUGUUGGGUUGGUCUGGUGUUCAGCAUUUUCAGAGAAAAAUACCUGCUAUAAAUUCUGCUGAAGAAAACAACUCCACAGAUCAAACUGCAUCUUUUCCUUGUCUUGAAUGCUUUUUUAUUUCAGCAGGGAGACAACCAGCCAAAAUUCAUGCUUUCCUUCUUUUAUCUUUAAGGCCAUGGUCCUACAUUUGUAAUUUUUUGAUAGGAUAGAAGUAGAUUAAAAUAAAGAGGAAUAAAUAAGUGGUGAAAUAUGAAGAAAUAUGAAGAAAUCUGAAGAAAUUAAAAAUAAGUGAGUUUUCUUGGUUUUAUUUUUCUAAAGAGGAUUUAAGGGUGACCUGAAGUGCUGGAGGAGAGCAAAGAGCUGCAGCCCUGACGGACUCUUGGGUUUGGGGCUCGGAGCAGAAGAAGCUGCUGGGCUGAGGCUCCAGGUGCUGCUGUGGCAGAGGCUCUUUGGCAGCUGCUGGUGGGAGAUCUGCACAGAGAGAGGCAAGGACUUCCUGAGGUGAAGCCAGCCCUGCCACCAAGAGGUGACAGCAAGUGGAAAGGGGGAGCUGGCACAAAACCCCUCUGUCACCAAGUCCGCCACCAUGGCCCGGCCAUGGCUCCAUCUCUGCAUCUGCCUCCAGAUCCCAGGUUUUUAUGCAGCUCUACUCUUGAACCAAACUCCAGGGCAUAUUCUAAGCCAAACUAGCAAUAAAACUGAAAUCCCCUGUGAGCUGAAGACGGAGCAAGCCGGGCUGUACUGGUACCGCUGGAGCCAGCAGAGGCAACAUUUUGAAUUCUUGUUGUUCUCCAGCACAAUGGGCAGAGCCACAUAUGGCCCAAAUGUGAGGCAGGACAAGUUUAGUGUCCAUGAGGCAAGGUCCCAAAGCUCCUACAGCCUGCACAUCAGCCACCUGCAUCCCUCAGACAGCGGCAUCUACUACUGCUCCAUGCCCCAGUCCUCCCAGCUCCUCCUGGGCAGAGGGACACAGCUCACCGUGGUUGAUGCUUUGCCUCCAAAGACCACACAGACCCCAGUGUCCAAAAAGCCUCUGCCACGGACAACCAAAAGGAAAGCUGCCAGCAGGGAAGGUCCCUGCAGUCCCCUGGUCUGGAUCCCACUGGCUGCUGGUGUCCUGCUGCUCCUGCUGAGCCUGGUCCCCAUUGCCUACCGCCUGCACCGUCUGCGGCGGAGGCUGUGGCUUCGCAUCCACGGGCAGUAACAGUAUUUCCCAAUAAACCUCAGUAAAUCCCAGUAAAUUCCAGUAAAUCCCAGUAAAUCCCAGUGCCCCCCUGCCUCAGACAGGCAGGGAGAAUCCACAGACCCUCCUCUGCAGGAGCCUGAGCACUGCCAAGACAUGACCCAGGAAGGACCUGGCCGGGGACAGAUGUGGGCUCAUACCACAAAGGAGACAUUUCUUUCCUGCAUGACUUCAGCAUUCUCCUGGACACAGCUGGCAAAGGACCAAGCUGGAAUCUGCAGCAUCCUGAGCACUCCCCAAAGGACAUUGAGCAGGGCAAAUGCCACAGCUGGCUCUGCACAGGGGGAAAGGGGCUGGUACCAAAGUGUCACCACAUUUCUCUUCCCAGAGAAAAGCAAGGCACAAUUCUUCCCAAGAAUAUUUCUGGGAUUCACAUUCUCUGAACAUCAGAGAAAGAAAACACAAUUCUUCUCUUAUUUGCUGUGCCUGUGUUGUGCCAAAGUAGAAUGCAAAAUGGAGAUUGCUCACCCAGAGUGAUGGGGUUUUGUUUCCUUGGCCUGUCAGGGCCAAGAGAGUGUGUGUGUGUGGGGACUGUCACUGACAGUCACGAGAGUCAGAGCAGUUGGGUGCAGAGUUGAGUGCUUGGCAGAUUCAGUUUAGAUUAAUGUAAUAUAAUAUAGAAUAAUAUAGUGUAAUAAAGUAAUUAAUUAGCCUUCUGA